AUGGCUGCAACGAAUUUGGUAUUUAAAAUGCCUCUAGAACCCCAUCCUUUGCCAUCUUUGGAAGACGAUGAAGAAUCUUUCGUUGUUUUGGGUCAGUCUAUGCCUGACUCAAAUGUCGAUGAAUAUAUGUCCACCCCUGUAGAUAUAUCCGUUAUUGCUGAAGCCAAAAGACUCAUUGACAGUGAACUGGAUGCCCUAAACUCGAUGAACAAUAAACCAGAUGAGAAAAAAGAAACAACAGAUGCUAAUAAAGAUAUUCCUACCCAAGAAUUACCAAAAAUGGAUACAUCAACUAAUCUUCCUUCAAUGCCUAACAUUGAAAAAGGCUUUGAAACUACAAACGCUAUUAGUAUUGCUUCAUUUUCUUCUGACAUGUCAUCCGAAGAAGUCCAAAAUAAAAUUUCACAGAUCAUUGAUGAAAAUAUUCGUCUUAAGGACACUAUUUUACAGAAUAACAUGUCUUUGAAAUCCCAAUACGAAAAAAUUUUAGCUUGGCAAGAGGACGUACAAAGAGUUCAUCAAAUCCAUAAAGAAAAACUUUCAGAUGCUAAACAGUUUAUAGACAAAUUAAAAAUGGAAAAAGAAAAUUUGAAACGAGAUUUGACUAAAGCUACUGAAGUGAACACUAAUUUGGAAGCAGAAAUUGUCGAACUUAAAAGGAGUUUAAAAGAGCAAGCGACAGCUAAAAAUGAAGUUUUACUUCAAAGGUCCGAUGACAAUAUAAAAGAAUUCCAGCUAGAUGUCGCCAACAAAAAAAUAAAGGAUCUAGAGGCAGCAGCUGAAAAGCUGUUAGCAGAAAACAAAAUGUAUGCCAGUAACAUGGCUAAAAUAAAAGAAGAUACGAAGAAGGAAAUGGACGACAUGCGAAAUCAAUUGGAAAAGUUAGCUUUGAACGAAAAUCAAGUAAAACUGAAAAUUGAAACAUUGAAUCCGGAAUUGGAAAAAUUGACUGAAGAACGAGAUUAUGCUAUUGGCAAAAUUGAAGAACUCCAGCAAAAGUUGGAGGCUAAAUUAAAAAGAGAGGAAGCUCUUCUGAUGACGACCAACACCUUAAAAGCACAACUAGAGCUAGGAAAUCAUUCUGAAGAAAUUGACAAUCUCCGAACGCAACUGGGCGAAACUCAGACUGCUUUGACGCAAAUAGAGUUUUCAAGAAAACAAGCCUAUUCACAAGUGUAUCAACUGACAGAGGAAUUAACACGACUAAAAUCUACAGAAAAUUGCAGUGACGAAAUUUGUGCUUUGAAAGUACAAUUGGAUGUUUACAAAACUGAUUUUGAAGAGGAGAGGCAUGCCAGAGAAGUGAUUAAAGAAGAGAAAGAUAAGAUAGAAGAAGACAUUCAAAACCUACAAAGGCGCAAUCAACAGCUUCAAGAAGAAAUCGAAAUGCUGAGAGGUGAACGUGAUUAUGUAGUAUAUCCCUCAAGAUCUGCACCACGAGAUCGAGUCCAAGAUCAACGUACGACAGCAAGUAGCAGUAGUAACGCUUUUAAAUGCCCAAAAUGCGAUUUUGGUUUCAAUGAUGUGAACAUGUUGCAAAAUCACGUAUACAGAUGCAUAGAACUGGACGAUCGUCUACCAUAG